GCUUAAAUAAUAAUUGCCUAAUCAAGAGCAAACAUGCAGAGCACUCCAAAUUAUCUUUGGCUUGUAUCAGACAUCCUGGGACAAGGAGCUACUGCAAACGUUUUCCGUGGACGACACAAGAAAACUGGUGACUUGUAUGCUGUCAAAGUAUUUAAUAACUUCAGCUUCCUUCGUCCUGUGGAUGUUCAGAUGCGAGAGUUUGAAGUAUUAAAGAAAUUGAAUCACAAGAAUAUUGUAAAAUUAUUUGCCAUUGAGGAAGAGACAACCUCUAGACAUAAAGUUCUUGUUAUGGAAUUUUGUCCAUGUGGCAGUUUGUAUACAGUUUUAGAAGAGCCAUCUAAUGCCUAUGGCUUGCCAGAAUCAGAAUUCUUGAUCGUGUUGAAAGAUGUUGUGGCUGGGAUGAAUCAUCUUCGACAGAAUGGAAUAGUGCAUCGUGACAUUAAGCCAGGCAAUAUAAUGCGUGUUAUAGGUGAAGAUGGUCAGUCUGUUUAUAAAUUGACAGAUUUUGGGGCUGCUAGGGAACUGGAAGAUGACGAACAGUUUGUCUCCCUCUAUGGUACAGAAGAAUACUUGCACCCUGACAUGUAUGAACGUGCAGUAUUGAGAAAAGAGCACCAAAAGAAAUAUGGUGCAACAGUUGAUUUGUGGAGCAUAGGGGUGACAUUUUACCAUGCUGCUACUGGAAGUUUGCCCUUUCGGCCUUUUGAAGGACCUCGCAGAAACAAGGAAGUGAUGUAUAAAAUUAUAACUGGAAAGCCUUCUGGUGCAAUAUCUGGAGUACAAAAAGCAGAAAAUGGUCCAAUUGAAUGGAGCCGGGAUAUGCCAAUUUCCUGCAGUCUCUCUAAAGGCCUGCAAGUACUGCUCACUCCUGUUCUUGCAAAUAUUCUUGAAGCCGAUCAAGAGAAAUGCUGGGGGUUUGAUCAGUUCUUUGCAGAGACUAGUGACAUACCCAACCGAAUAAUUAUUCAUGUCUUCUCUCUGCAACAAAUGACUGCGCACAAAAUUUAUAUUCACAACUAUAACACUGCUGCCAUAUUUCAUGAACUGGUCUACAAGCAGACAAAAAUAGCCUUGCUAAACCAGGAACUGAUAUACGAAGGCCGGCGUUUAAUACUAGAGCCCAAUCGAUUGGCACAGCAAUUCCCCAGAACUACUGAAGAAAAUCCUAUCAUUGUAGUAAGCAGGGAGCCUGUGAGCAUCCUAGGAUUACUCUAUGAAGAAAUUUUACUUCCUAAGGUGCAUCAACGUUAUGAUUUGGAUAGUGAUGCAAGUAUGGCUAAAGCAGUGACGGGUGUUGUGUGUUAUGCUUGUAGAGUUGCCCGUGCUUUAUUGCUUUACCAGGAACUGAUGCGAAAGGGAAUUCGAUGGUUAAUUGAAAUAAUCAAGGAAGACUGCAAUGAAACAGUGCAUGAAAAGAAUGAGGUUGUCAUCAGGUUAGAAUUUUGCAACAGAAAUUUAGAGAAAGCUGGAAAAAUAUAUCAAGACAUGCGGCAGAUGAAUCUCACGCUAUCAGAAGGAGAUAAAAUUUCAGACAUACAUUCAAAGCUAUUACGGCUUUCUAAUUCACGGGGAACCAUAGAGUCUACCCUUCAGGAUAUUAAAAGUAAACUCUCUCCUAAUGGCCAGCUGUCUGAUGGCUGGGCUAAUCAAGAAGGAACACAUCCAAAAGACAGGAACCCAGAAAGAUUACAAGUACUACUGAAUUCUAUAUCAGAUAUUUAUUACCAAUUCAAAAAAGACAAAACUGAAAGAAGACUUCCUUAUAAUGAAGAACAAAUACACAAAUUUGAUAAGCAGAAGCUUUUUUUACAUGCCACAAAAGCCAUGACUCUGUUCAAGGAAGAAUGUGUCAGCAAAUAUGAAAUAUUUUUCGACAAAGCAGAGGAUUGGAUGAGGAAGAUACUCCACUUAAGGAGACAGUUACUGACUAUCAGAAAGCAGUGCUUUGAUAUUGAAGAAGAGGUAUCCAAAUACCAGGUCUUUGUAAAUGAGUUACAAGAAACUUUGCCCCAUAAGAUGAUGGCAGUUUCCAGUGGGAUCAAACAUGCAAUUAAUCCAGUUUAUCCAAGUUCAAACACUUUGGUGGAAAUGACUCUUGGCAUGAAGAAACUGAAAGAAGAAAUGGAGGGUGUUGUUAAAGAAUUAACGGAGAAUAAUCAUCUUUUGGAAAGGUUUGGGGCUUUAACUAUGGAUGGUGGCCCACAGAACGUGGAUUGUAUCUAGUUGUAUAGUUACUGUGACACAAUUUGUUGACU